AUGGCCAAGUCGGGCAACUUCGACGCUGUGCUCUGCAUUGGCGCUGUGGUGCGGGGCUCCACCACUCAUUAUGAUGCCGUUGCGAACAAUGCUGCCAGUGGCGUUCUGAGUGCAGGUCUAAACUCAGGCAUUCCUUGUGUCUUUGGGGUUCUCACAUGUGAGACAAUGGAGCAGGCGAUGGACAGGGCUGGAGGCAAGCUUGGCAACAAAGGAGCAGAGGCGGCUGUCACAGCGAUUGAGAUGGCUAGCCUAAUGGCAAUGCUGCGUGCCUCUGGCUCAGCUGCCCUCGAAGCUCCAGAGUGA